AAACAAUUUACCAUACAUGUCUUUUAUCGCAACCACUUCAGCUUCCAUUUCGUGUUUCCCAUGGCGGCGCAGCAAGAGGCGCGAAUUCCCGCGGACCCGCUCCCCGUGGCGGUGCAAGACGACCGCCGCUUCCGCAACCUGCUGCCCGACGCGGGCGAGGCGGGAGGGCAUGGGGAUGGGCGGCGGACGGUAGGGGGCCCGGAAGAGGUGGAAGUAGGCGGUAAGAUGGAGGCAAACGAGGCGACACGUGUCGGGAGGCCGUUGGCGCUUCCUUCAGAGGAGGCGUUUCUUGGGGCGGGUCUUGCCCUGAAGGAUGAGGUGGCCCAUGCCACGUGGCGGCACGGCAAGCCUCCACGUGCCUCCCAGAAAGACCCCUUCCUGUACACUGGGCUGCUCGGCACAGCCUUCGUGUGUCUGCGUGCCUUCCACGUCACCCACGACCGUGCUGACCUGGACCUCGCUGCUGACAUCGUUCGAGCUGCUGCUGAGCUGGCAGAGCGCCAACGACGCAUCUACUAUUCCUUCUUUUGCGGGCAGCCCGGAAUAUUCGCUUUAGGGGCGGUCAUAGCCCACCUGCAGCAGCGCCAGCACGACAGCGAGAACUUUCUGCGAAGCUUCCUCGACCUCGUCACUGAUGCACUCCCUGCCCUCUCCCAGCGCCCCUCCUCGCCCAAUGACAUCGCGCCAGCUGGCAUUCCCUACGAGCUGCUGUACGGGCGGGCAGGCCUGCUGUGGGCGUUACUGUUCAUUCGCAAGUAUCUCGGACAUGCUGCAGUUCCUGAUUCUGUUUGCCGCCCGAUCUUGGAUGCAAUCAUUGCUGGCGGGCGGUUCUUUGCCCAGGAGUGGUACCCUCCCUUCCACGCCGUGUCUCCCACCUCCCGCCCUCGCUCUCACUCCCCAACCUCACCUCCUCACUCCCGCCACCAAAAGCGGCGCAAGGACAGUGGGGGCGGGCAGUUGAGCGCACAAACAGCUGCAGCCUCCUCCUCCUCCCCGCCUCCACCCUCCCAUUCUCGCUCCCCCCGCAAACCCCCCACCUCCUCCCCAACCCCCACGCCCAACCCUCUCCCCCCCCCUCUCAUGUUUGCAUGGCACGAGAAGCGCUACUGGGGCGCGGCGCAUGGGCUGGCAGGGAUCGCCCACGCGCUGCUCAUGGGGGCGGGGGCGGGGGGGAAAGAGGGCGGGGCCACAGCAGGGGAAGGGGGUGGGGAGGCAGUGGCAGCGUUGGAGUGGAUGGUUGCUUACAGACUGCCAGGCGGCAACUACCCCUCCAGUGAGGAGAGACGCCUCGCUGCCGCUGCUCCCGUGGUGGGCGCUGCUGCUGCUGCUGCUGGUGAUGCCGAGGGGGGUGCAGGCAGGGCAGCAGCAGCCGCGGACAAGUUGGUGCAGUGGUGCCACGGGGCGCCUGGAGUGGCCAUGGCGCUUGCCAACGCCGCCAUGGCACACCCGUCUAGGCGUGACCUGCUGGCAGCGGCGGUGGCAGCGGGCGAGGUGGUGUGGCAGCGCGGCCUGCUGCGCAAGAUGGGUGUGUGCCACGGCAUCGCUGGCAACGCCUACGUCUUCCUCUCCCUCCACCGCGCCACCACCGCUCUCUGCCCAUCCACCACCCACACCACCCACGGCAGCCACACCAGCCACAGCAGCAGGGACGAGGCUACCACUCCCGAGCUCCCCCCUCCCUCCGCCCACCUGCACCGAGCGCGUGCAUUCGCCGCCUUCCUACUCGCCCUCCGCCAGCGCCUCGCAGAUGCCGCCCUGCUGCACUGCGGCGACCGCCCCUUCUCCCUCAUGGAGGGCCUGGGCGGCGUCGCUUGUCUCUUCCUGGACGUCGCCCGGCCAGAGCAUGCGGGCUUCCCGGGUUUCGAGCUGUGACUGGCAGGUGGGGCGGGGCGGUGGUAGGGGUGUCGCAGCAGCGAGGCAGAAUCGAGGUGACUGGCAUGAGGGCCAUGGAUGGGCCACGGAUGGGCCACGGAUGGGCCACGGAUGGGCCACGGAUGGGCCACGGAUGGGCCACGGAUGGGCCACGGAUGGGCCACGGAUGGGCCACGGAUGGGCCACGGAUGGGCCACGGAUGGGACAGGGGGGCAUUGAUUUGCAGCACGAUGGUGAAGCAGCAGCAGUGUGCCGCUCCUUGAUUUGUAAAUACGGCACGUGGAUCCGUUCAUGGAUCCAGUGGUCAACACGCAUGUGGAUCCAACUUUUGAGGCGCCUCAAAAAUAGACUCCUCACGCAUGUGGAUCCGUUCAUGGAGUGGAUCCGUUCAUGUGGAUCCAACCGUUCAUGGAGUGGUCCACACUGGAUUGUGGCUUGAAUGUCAAUCCGUACAUGGCACCUAGCACCGGGUCACUCCAGGCACCACCCCAUGGCAUCUACUACCGCACCAGGGGCUGUAACAAGUCGAAUGCUGGCAGGUUCACUUGCGCAAGUACGCCUGGCAGCGGCACCCUGAAAGGGAUUAGUUGUCAUGGAAGAGUAGCAGCAGCGUAGGAAGGUCGCGUUAGCAAAAAACUGACAGUUAGAAAAAACUUGUACCCUCAGAAAAUAGGUGAACUCGAAAAAGCUCCUCAACCGGCCCGUGAAUUGAAUCAACAAGCAAACAUGUUUCGGUGGUGGGGAUCAAACCCACAACACCUUCAUCAGUGCAUGAGCUGGUAAUGAAAAAGGAAACCUCCGAGCGAGGGGUCUUAAAAAGACACCCAAGCCUCGAGAUCUACUCUGGGGAAAUCCUACCCGGGCCCACAACUAGAUAAGAAGUAAGCCAACAAAGCACUGCGGACAAA